AUUCGUGAAAUGAACCUUGCUUCCCCUGAGAGCUCUACUUCACCUGAGGGAGUUUGCUGGAUGACUCUCUUAUGAUGGCUGAGAAGUGGCCUGCUUCUGACAAUCCCCAAGGAUGGCAGGAAAAGAGCAGGAGAAAGAUCCUGAAGUCCACCAAGAGGGCAUGGAUGCCCCUGGAUGAGCAGCUGCCUCCUGGCUUAGAAAAAGGUUGCACCAACCCCAGGCAUGAAGACGUCAAACAAGAAAGCAUUCAGCAGUGGCUCGACUCUGGAUUCUUGGCCCCUGUAAAUGAAGAUGGUCAGCAGGACAUUGACCACAUUGGUGUUUUGCAUGAACAAGGAAUACUUCAGAUGACUGUGAAAGACUACAUGAGAUCUCUGCAUCAGUUUUCAGAAACUCCCACCCUAUCCAGAGGGACCAGUUUCAACUCUUGCCAUUCAGUUGCAAGCAUCCCACAAAGCAUUCCUGAAUGGCUGGAAUUUUGGGGAAAAGAUCCCGUGGAGAUUCUCUUGGAUCUGGGAUUUGGUGCUGACGAGCCAGACAUUUGCACACAAAUCCCGGCCAGGUUCCUUGGUUGUGGCUCUACAGCCAAAGGAAUAGACAUCCAUGUGUUUCUUGAAGCUCAGAAGCAGCGGAUGGACAUUGAGAACCCUGACCUGUACGGACGUUUUAGACAACUGGAAAUCCUGGACCAUGUGACCAAUGCCUUCUCUUCUCUACUGAAUGAUGUUAACAUCCUACAGAACAAUGCUGAGCAGAAAAACGAAAGGACGAGUGCGGGGAAAAUCUCAGCGAGUCAGGCCAACGAGCAUCCAACAAGACUGGGUGGACUUUUAAAAAGAGCUUCAAGACAGAGCACAAGGACGGAUUUUAACCCAGAAGCCCUGGAGCCAGGGAAGAUGAAGGCUGACAUUUUUAUCCCAUCUAUGAAAACAGGGGAAUCUGGAACAGAGUUUCUAGGGAUAGCAGACAGUCAUAACCAAAGCUGUUCCCCUCCUCUGACUGAGCACCAGUCUCUCCAAGCCUGUGGUGACUCACUACCUUCUCGUCCUCCCCAACCUCCUCUUCACAAGCGAUGGCGUCUCUCAUCAAGGCUGACCCACAACACUCGAGCUUCCAGUGUGUCUGAUGAGCGAGUCAAGGAUAGACCUCAAAAAGAGAAACUGACACAGACUAACACAUUCCGAAACUUGUCUCAUCGGGCAGGUGAAGGCCUGGACUCCUUUGAAAUGGAAGAGGUCCAGAGUUUUGAAGAAGAUACAGGGGACUGUCUUGACUUGACUGCCGGAGCCACAGGCGCUGGGGUGAACAGAACAGACAGCUGUCAGUCUGACAGCAGUGGAUUCCUGGAAGAGACCCCAGAACCAGUGCCCUUUCAGACGUCUCCCUCACCAGGCAGCCACGGCCUGGAGGUUCAGAGCCACAGGGAUCAGAGCGCCAGCCUAGCUUCAUCCCAGGACCCAGAGUCGGAUGAGUCUGAUUCCAAGAGCAUGGUGAGCACGUCUGUUUCAAGCCAGGACUGGAGCACCUUGAAAGCAAGGAUCUCGGGGUCUGUCGGGGAGGAAGAGCCUCAGCUGUCGGACCCGGAGAGCCCACAGGAGCUGUGGAAGCCAGAGCACCCAGGAAAGAGCACCUAUCUGGGGCAGCUCCUGCCGCUGCCCCACCUCAAACACGAGGUCUUUGGAGGUGCAGCCCCUUCCAAUGCUGACUGCCCUCUGGAGUUUACAGGGUCUCACACCACCAAAGUGAAAGACGAGUUUCUGAGGCCCGAGGAAGCUGGGGAAGUAUCUUUGGAAAGCCACCAUGGUGAAACUCCAAGGUCACUCGGAAAUAAACAUACUCCAGGUGAAUUCCUUCCUGUUGACUCAGAGCCCCCACGGGCAGAAGAAAGCAGUAAACUCAGGCCUGACAUCAACCACCCCAAUCUGACCCUACUAAGUCCACCACAGCUGUCGCCCAAGCACAGUGACGAUCUUAUUCAGACACAUGAAAAGCCCAUUCAUCACCGAGGUGACCUUGUCCGAGGUACACCGCAAACAAAGCCAACGUGUGGUCCUCUGGGUGAUGCGUCGUCUAGGGCAGAAGCUGCGGUGGGACACAUUCCGCUAAAUGCUGACUCCAACACCGGCAGCUUCAGGUCGGUGACGACCCCUAUGUCCUCCAAUCUGGUGUCAGCUGCUCAGAGUCCUGUGGCCUUGCGGACAGCCUCUAAGGGAUCAUCUUCAGAACGCACUGUGUGUGACCCUUCAACAGGACCAGAGCCGGGCACACAACCAACACAGUACACAGAUGCUUCCAGCCAGACUCAUCCAUGGGAACCCAUGACCUGGCACUGCUGUUCAGCCUCAAGUACCAAGGCCUUGGCACACGGACACCAGCCCCUCACCAAAUCAGUCUCUCUGGACACAGGCCUCCCUCGUACCUACUCAGUGGGCACCUGCCAUGGCUCCUCCAGGCACUGCUGCAGCUGUUGUCACCACGAUCCCCACUGCCACACAGAGAGGCUCGAUCCCGGCCCUGCACCCUCAGCCUGGAGAGACUGCCUGUGCUCCCGUAGCCAGCCAUUGGAAGUGGAGUUCAUGGAGACGUUCACAGCCCCCCAGGACCCCACAGUGACAGAGCUCAGUACUUGCACAGCCCACGAGAUGGAAACCAUGAAGACUGUCUGCCGGAGUUUCCGGGAGCAUUUAGAAGAAAUUGAAGCGCACCUUAUGGGACAACAGGCGCUCUUUUCCAGGGACAUGUCAGAGGACGAAAGGGAGGAGACCAGGCAACUGCAGACACUGCGGGUGGCCCUGCGGCAGCAGGUGGAGGAGCUGGAGUUUCAGUUGGGAGACCGAGCUCGGCAAAUCCGAGAGGGGAUUCUAUUGCAGCUUAAACUACUCACAGGGGGACCAUUUGAACAGGUCUGCACAGUGUAA